UUAUCCCUGUAAAGGUUUAUCAUCCACUGGCAGAUCAGAUUCAAUAAAUUCAGUGAAUAUUUGGUCUCUGUGAUAAAAUUAAAAUAACAAUUAAUGUUUAGGGAAGGAGAAUAUACUGAAGUAAGUCUGCCAUCAUUGCUACAGGUAUUACAGGGAGAAUUUUGAUGUGGCAAGCAUAAAUACAGAGGAAGACCACAGUGCUUUAUAUAAAUGGUCAAUUUGUAGUUUCGGUCAACCACGGCAAAUAUCUUAAAUAUACCGGGGGGAUCCAGGGAGCAGAGCCUCCCGGUUAGGAGGCUAGGUUAGGUAAUUUUAGGUCAUUUGCGAGGGAAACUGUCGUAAAAGAAAAUUGUCUAAACCAUAGGAAAAACACAUUGCUGAACUUGAGAUUCGUGGUUGGUCGAAACUGCAAAUUGACCAUAUAAACUUAUGAAAGGUAUAAGAGUAUCUGCAGGAAGUGACAGAUUAACUAUGAAGAAUGUCUGUAAACCUUGCCACUGAGAAGAGCGCCAUCUUAGACCACGAGUCCUGGAUAUUGCAACUAAUAAACACCUACAAGUUAAACCUCCAUGAGGAUAAAUCAGUGAAAUGUAAACGAUGGAAUUUUCAAGAUUUGUUUGAUCUGCGAACACCGUACAUGAUGGAUGGACAAGCUGAGAAAGUAGCCAAUCAACUUGAAAGAAAAAAUGAAGUUAUUUCAGAACCAAAGAGAAAAAAGAGAAAGAAAGAACACUUGACUCAGAAAGCAGAAGAAGUAGAGUGUGAGGUGAGGCACAUCCAGGAAGUGUUCACCUCUCUACGGUUAAUGCCAGAAUUCAAGCUCAAGUUCCAGUUUAUCCCAAAUAUUGAGGAUUUUAGAAGCAAUAAUUGUCUUGUAAGGGAUUUAAGGAAAAGGUUUACUGAAGCGUCCAACACUACACUGCCUCAGCUUGAUGAAUAUUACGAUGGCCCGCACUUUGAUACCAGAGUUGUCAACGGCAGUAAAUACGUGCUACCUCCAGAUGUCCGAUAUGUGUGUGAUGAUGUGUCUAACCUUGCAUCACAUACAUUAGGAGCCAAAUUUGACUUGAUUGUUAUGGAUCCUCCGUGGCAAAACAAAUACGUGCGGAGACGAACCCAUAGCCACGGAAGUCAUCACGGGUAUGACAUGAUGACUGUAGCGGACAUCCUACACCUUCCAGUGGCUGAUUUACUUAGUGAUGGAGGCCUCCUGGUUAUCUGGUGCACUAACAAUAAUUCAAUUGUACAAGAAUUCCUGCAAGGACUCCAUGCCUGGGGUGUGGAACUUGUUGCAACUUGGUAUUGGCUCAAGGUAACAAAAGCUGGAGACCCUGUCACACCACUGGAAGGAGUAUCUCACAGCAAACAACCAUAUGAACGAGUCUUUCUGGCUAGAAAGUGUAAGCAAGAGAUUGUCCUAAAAAAUAUCCCAGAUUGUUUGGUGUUCUGCAGUGUUCCAAGUGGAAUACAUUCACACAAACCUCCUCUACAUGGUCUUGUGUCAGAGUUUAUCACACCUCAGCCACGUUGUUUGGAACUGUUUGCUCGGAGUCUAACACCCGGGUGGAUGUGUUAUGGCCUGGAAGUUUUGCGAUUACAACAUUCUUUACUCUUUGAAGAAUCAGUGGCUGGAACACAUUGAUUUUUUUUGUGACUGAUGCAUAGAACAGCUAUUUUUGGGUCACCAUCAUCUUCCACUGAGCACUACUAACUGGUGGCACACAUUGUAAGAAACAGUGAGUAAAUAAUAUGAAGUA